AUGAAUGACUGGCUCAGCCUUAAACAAAAAAUGUCUGUGAAAAGACGUGUGAUUUUACUGUUCAUUCUUUUAAAUAUAGUUACAGUGAGAUCUCUAGACGAUAUAGAGAAAUUAGGGAGACGUGGACCUGAUGAUUGCAAACCAGUAGUUGUUGCCCAUAGAGGGGCAAGUGGUUACGUACCUGAACACACCCUCGGCUCCUACGCCUUGGCAAUAACAAUGGGAGCCGACUACGUUGAACCUGACUUAGUGAUGACUCGCGACGCACAUUUAAUUUCACGCCAUGAAAACGAACUGAGCCGUACCAGCGACGUAUCUACGCGUCCUGAAUUUACUGAUCGUUAUAGUACUAAAAACGUCAGUGGAAGAAUAGUCAAAGGUUGGUUUUCAGAAGACUUUACACUGGCUGAAAUAAAAACAUUAAGAGCUAUAGAGCCAAUACCACUUACACGCCCGGGAAAUGCAAGAUUAGAUAAAGCAUACGAAAUACCAACGUUUCAAGAAAUUAUUGACUUAGUAAAAGCUUUGGAAAUAAGUGAAAAUCGCACGAUUGGAAUUUAUCCAGAAUUAAAAUAUGGCUUAUAUUUCCAGCGUUUAGGAUUAGCAAUGGAACAAAAAGUAGUAGAUACUUUUCACAAAAAUGGCUAUACGGGUAAAGAGGCUCCUGUUUAUAUACAAUCAUUUGAAGUGAGUAAUUUAAAAGAACUCAAAACAAUAACAGAUCUUCGACUAUUGCAAUUAUAUACAGUAAGUGUAGGUCAACCAUUCGAUCAAGCUGAACUCGGUACAGGACUCACUUAUGAUAAAAUGGCAACUGCAGAAGGGCUUGCUGACGUCGCUAAAUAUGCUGCAGCUGUAGGUCCAGAAAAAAGCUAUAUAAUUCCUCGAAACAUUUUCAACAUUCUUGGUUCACCAACGUCAUUUGUUAAGAAUGCCCACGCUGUGGGUCUUCAAGUUCAUCCAUGGACUUUUCGAGCUGAAAAUGUAUAUCUACCCAGAGAGUUCCAAAGCAGUAACUCAUUAUUCGAAUUUGGAAAUCUUGAAGGUGAAAUCAAAAAAUUUCUAGCUGCAGGUGUAGAUGGAUUAUUUGUCGAUCAACCUGAUAUAUUGGUACGCGUUAGAGGUCAAUGUUAAAGAUUGAUGCUUCGUUGAGAUUAAAUGUUUUAAUACAAUUA